AUGGGUGUUGGAAAGAGGAUACAUGGUUGGAUCAAAGUGGGCAUUUUUGGGGUGAUUUGGCUGUGUCCAUGGCUGUGUUUGGCUAAUGUUGGAGGAGAUGUUCAAUCAAAUUCGAAGUCCAACACGAAGUGGGAAAGAUCAGCACAAGAAUUGAGUUGCAAUGUGUAUGAAGGAAGAUGGGUGUGGGAUGAAUCCUAUCCUCUCUAUGAUUCUUCAACCUGCCCUCACAUUCGUAAAGAGUUUGAUUGCUUGAAAUAUGGUCGUCCUGAUCGCCAAUACCUCAAAUACAGAUGGCAACCCCACCAAUGCCUUUUACCAAGAUUUGAUGGGAAAAUUUUCUUGACACUAUUUAAGGGGAAGCAGAUCAUGUUUAUUGGAGAUUCAGUCAGUCUCAACCAAUGGCAGUCACUUGUAUGCUUGCUUCAUUCUUCUGUACCUCAAAGUCAAAUAUUAGAGCAAACCAAUAUGUCCAUGUCUAACUACACAUUCCAAGACUAUGGAGUUUCAGUGAUUAUCUUUCAUUCUUCAUAUUUGGUUGACAUUGAAGAGGAAAAGAUUGGUCGGGUCCUGAAGCUUGAUUCUCUUAAGAGUGGAAGUAUAUGGAAAGAAAUGGACAUUUUGGUUUUCAACACUUGGCUCUGGUGGUACCGCAGAGGACCCAAGCAACCAUGGGAUUAUGUUCAAACAGAUGACAAGAUACUGAAAGACAUGGAUCGUAUGGAAGCAUUUAAACUUGGUCUAUCAACAUGGGCUAAUUGGGUAAAUGAAGAGGUAGAUCCUACCAAAACCAAAGUUCUUUUUCAAGGAAUUUCUCCUUCCCAUUACAAUGGCACUGAGUGGAAUGAACCAGAAGUGAGAAAUUGUUCAAAGGAGACACAGCCAAUAAGUGGAUCCACUUACCCAAGUGGGUUGCCACCGUCAUUGUAUGUAGUGGAAGAUGUGUUGAAGAUCAUAACAAAGCCUAUUCAUCUACUCAACAUUACAACUCUCUCACAGUUGAGAAAAGAUGCACAUCCUAGUUCUUACAACGGAUUCAAAGGCAUGGACUGUACACAUUGGUGUGUUGCAGGGUUGCCAGAUACAUGGAACCAACUCUUGUACGCAGCACUCACAAGUUGGGAAUAA